AGUGGGUAUUAUAAAAAGCUGAGUUUCCAGUGGAUCUUCCAUUCACCCACCUUAGCCACCAUGGGGCUAAGAGCGGCCAGCCUCUUCCUCCUCUGGCUGGCUCUCUCCUCUGCUAAUGAAAUAAAAAAAGGAAGGACAAGAAGCCAUGGCCACUAUGUCUGCAGCACUUGGGGAAACAACCAUUUCAAGACUUUUGAUGGAGACGUCUACCAGUUCCCUGGCACUUGCGAGUAUAAUUUUGUUUCUGACUGCCGAGAGGCUUACAAGGAAUUCUCUGUCCACAUCCAGCGUGGUCUCGACAGCAAUGGCCAUCCUGAGAUCCAGUAUAUUCUGCUGAAAGUCAAGGAUAUAAUGGUCUACCUCAAACCCAACCUGGUUGUGGUGGAUGGGCGGAUUGUGAAGACACCUUACUACACCUCUGGUGUCCUCAUUGAGAGCAAUGACAUUUACACCAAGAUUUAUGCCAAAUUAGGCAUGGUUCUGAUGUGGAACCAGCAGGAUGCCCUGAUGGUGGAACUGGACAGCAAAUUUAAUAACCAUACCUGUGGUCUCUGUGGGGAUUACAAUGGCAUUCAAAUCUACAAUGAGUUCAUCAAGGGAGAUGCAAGCUACAACUCAAUUACAUAUGGGAAUAUGCAGAAGAUCAGCAAACCCAAUUCCAAAUGUGAAGAUCCAGAUGAAACUCAGGCUCUUGCAAGCUGUAAUGAGCAUCGUGAUGAGUGCCAGAGGCUGCUGACUUCCGCCGCAUUUGCUGAUUGUCGGCUGCGUCUUAAUCUGGAAAUGUACAUCCAAGCCUGCAUGCAGGACAAGUGUGCCUGCAAUGGGAAGGACGACUCCUUCUGCCUCUGCAGCACCAUCUCCGAGUAUUCCCGCCAGUGCUCACACGCAGGCGGCCGCCCGGGAGAAUGGAGGACACAGAGCUUCUGCCCCAAGACCUGUCCUGCUACCAUGGUUUAUAGAGAAAGCAGCUCCCCCUGUGUGGAUACCUGCUCACACUUGCAGAUCAGCAGCCUUUGUGAAGAGCACUACAUGGAUGGCUGUUUCUGCCCUGAAGGAACUGUGUAUGAUGAUAUCAGUGAAAAAGGCUGCAUCCCUGUUAGCCAGUGCCACUGCAAACUUGGUGGAAAGGCAUAUGCACCUGGAGAAAGCAUUUCCAAAGAAUGUGAAGAAUGCACCUGUAAUUCAGGCAGAUGGACCUGCAAAGAUCUACCCUGUCCAGGCACAUGCUCAGUGGAAGGAGGUUCCCAUUUUACCACCUUUGAUGGGAAGAAAUACACCUUCCAUGGAGACUGCUACUAUGUCUUGGCCAAGGGUACUGCAAAUGAGAGUUAUGCUCUCCUGGCAGAGCUGGCUCCCUGUGGCUCCACAGACAAGCAGACCUGCUUGAAGACUGUUGUGCUGUUAGUGGAUAACAAAAAGAAUGUGGUGGUUUUCAGAUCAGAUGGCAGCGUGCUCCUGAAUGAGAUGACAGUGAAUGUGCCUCAUGUGUCAACCAGCUUCUCAGUAUUCAAGCCAUCUUCCAACUACUUUGUUGUACAAACUCCUUUUGGGCUUCAGAUGCAGAUCCAGCUGUUUAGAGUCAUGCAGCUGUUUGUGACUGUGGAUGAAUCAGUUAAAGGAAAACUUCAAGGUCUUUGUGGAAACUUCAAUGGAAUGGAAGGUGAUGACUUUAGAACAACCAGCGGGCUCAUUGAGGCUACAGGAUCUGCCUUUGCUAACACGUGGAAAGCUCAGUCCACCUGCACAGACCAGGCAGAAAAGCUGGAAGACCCCUGCAGUCUCAGCAUUGAAAGUGCAAAUUAUGCUGAGCAUUGGUGCUCUUUGCUGAGAAACCCAAAGGGUCCUUUUGCAAGAUGUCACAUAGCCAUUGAUCCUUCAGAAUACUACAAGAAAUGUAAAUAUGACACCUGCCUCUGUGAAGACAACGAAGAAUGUUUGUGUGCUGCCCUGUCCUCUUACUCAAGAGCCUGUGCUUUCAAAGGGAUCAUACUGGGAGACUGGAGAAACAGUGUCUGCAGCAGUGAAGCGUCUUCUUGCCCAGGAAAUCAAGUCUUCCUUUACAACCUUACAAUGUGCCAGCAAACCUGUCGCUCCCUUGCUGAUGGUGAAAAGUAUUGCUUGCAAGACUUUGCUCCUGUGGAUGGCUGUGGCUGCCCAUCCAAUACAUACUUGGAUAACCAGGAUAACUGUGUUGCCAUCUCCCAGUGCCCAUGUUAUUACAAGGGAUCAUACCUGGAACCUGGGCAGUAUUUCACAAAAGAUGGAGAACGCUGUGUUUGCCGAAAUGCAAAGAUCCAGUGCACUUCAGUGAAAAUAAGAAUGAAAAGUGAAAAUGAAUGUUCUUCUAGCAAGACAUACUUUGACUGCAAUGCAUUCUCAAAGUGGACUUCACAAACACCUCUGCAACUUAGCUGCCAUACUCCUCAAACUGAUCAUUUCCAGACAGAGUGUGUCUCAGGCUGUGUGUGCCCUGAAGGUCUAUAUGAUGAUGGCAGAGGGGGCUGUGUUGAGCAAAAAGAUUGCCCGUGCAUUCACAACAAUGAGUGGUAUUCUUCUGGAGACAAGAUAAAAGUGGACUGCAACACCUGCACCUGCCAGAAAGGGGUUUGGAAAUGCACUGAUGACGUGUGCUAUGGGACUUGUAUGAUAUAUGGAAGUGGCCAUUAUAACACUUUUGAUGGGAAAUUCUAUGACUUUGAUGGGAGCUGUGAAUAUGUGGCUACUCAGGACUUCUGUGGUGACAAAAAUUCCAGCGGCUCAUUCAGUAUCAUCACAGAGAAUGUCCCUUGUGGAACUACAGGAGUCACCUGCUCAAAGGCUAUUAAAAUGUUCCUAGGGAAAACAGAACUGAAAUUGGAGAACAAAGAGUACAAAGAAAUUCAGCGAGAUGUUGGUGAUGAUGUGCAGUAUUGGAACAGGACAGUCGGCCUGUACCUGGUUAUUGAGGCUAGUAAUGGUGUGAUGCUGAUCUGGGACAAGAAGACUACUGUUUUCAUCAAGCUGAGCCCUGAUUACAAGGGCAAAGUGUGUGGUCUGUGUGGCAACUUUGAUGACAAAGCAAACAAUGACUUUACAACAAGGAGUGGACUGCAGGACAAUAAUCCUCUGAAUUUUGGAAAUUCCUGGAAGCAAUCUCCCAUGUGCCCGGAUGUCACAGAAGAGAUUAAGCCCUGUGAUCUGAAACCACACCGGAAGUCUUGGGCAGAGAAAGAAUGCAGCAUCAUCCAGAGUGAAGUCUUCAAAAUUUGUCACUCCAAGGUGGACCCCCUUCCUUACUAUGAGGCUUGUGUUCAUGAUGCCUGUUCCUGUGACAGUGGUGGGGACUGCGAGUGCUUCUGCUCUGCAGUUGCAGCGUAUGCCCAGGAGUGCAUCAAGGCUGAGGCCUGUGUUUUCUGGAGAACUCCUGAUAUCUGCCCAAUAUUCUGUGACUACUACAACCCUCGCAAUGAGUGUGACUGGCACUACGAGCCUUGUGGCAGUAAUAUCACAACCUGCAGGAUGAUCAAUAAUGUCAGCACCAACUUUACAGUACCACUACUGGAAGGUUGCUACCCCAGAUGCCCUAAGGACAAGCCUAUUUAUAAUGAAGAGACAAAGCAAUGUGUAACCGAAGAUCAAUGUGGAUGUUACCUGGAGGAUGGAACCCAUAUACUCCCUGAUCAAGAAGUACCCACAAAAGAAAACUGUACAAUAUGUGUCUGUGAUCCAUCAGGAUCCAUACAGUGCAAACCACUCCCAGGGUGUCCUUGUAUCAUCAAUGGAACAAGUUAUGAAGAGGGUGCUACUGUGGGACACGUACAGGACGGCGAGAUAUGUAUAACAUACAUUUGUGCAGCAAAUGGCUCUGUAGUUCCUGGUGAAGUCUAUCCUUGUCCAACAUCUUCACCUACAACCAUCUCAACCUCCUCCCCUCACAGUACUCUUACCACCACCACCACAGUUUCCACUACAAGCCACCCAGUCACUACAACUCCAUGCAUACUCACAGAACUAAUCUGUGAUUGGACUGAGUGGUUUGAUGUUAGUAAACCUGAAGAAGGUGGUGGUGACUAUGAAACAUAUGAUGAAAUAAGAAAACAUGGAAACAAAAUAUGUACAGCUCCUGAAAAAAUUGAAUGCAGGGCUAAGGAUAAACCUGAUGUGAGCUUAGAAGAACUUGGUCAGAAAGUAGAGUGUAACGUUAAAUAUGGGCUAAUCUGUAAAAAUGAUGAGCAAGAUAUAACUAUGUGGCCACUCUGCUAUAAUUAUGAAAUCAGAGUAAACUGUUGUGAGUGGCAGGAAGUUCCUUGUGGGCCUACAGUUACACCUACUAUACCUUCAACUGCAACCACCACCCAGACAACAAUAAGCAGCACCACUACAACCAGGACUACAACAGAAAUUACCACCAUGCCCAUACACAUCCAUUCCACAACAUCCCCAACUCCACCCACACCAAGCACACCAAAAUCGACAACCACUCCCUCCACGCCGGAGACUCCCACCACCACCAGCACCCCGACAACAACCACCACUGGACCACCAACGCCCACCUCAACUACUUCAAGCACAUCCUCACCAACACCAACAUACACCACCACCACACCAACUCCAGUCACACCGAGCACAGCAUCCCCUACAUCGGAAUUGACAAGCACUUCCACAUCAGCAGAGACUCUCAGCAGCACCACGCCCACCACCACUACCACCACCAGCACCAGCACCACCACCACCUCCAGAUCACCGACAACAACAACAACUACUACAACAACCAUCCGGACUCCUGCACCUUGUGAGUGCAUCUGGACGGACUGGAUCGAUGUGAGUUACCCAGAUGGUUCUGACAGGAAUGGUGGUGACUACGAAACCUUUGAGAACAUUUGGAAGAAAUACCCCUCCUGGGAGUGUGCGAAAGUUGAGAAUAUUUCAUGCCGAGCAGAGAAAUUCCCUAGCCAUUCCAUUGCAGAUUUAGGGCAGAAAGUGGAAUGCAACGUGAACGUAGGGCUCAUCUGUAACAAUAAGGAUCAGCAGAUAGGAGGUAUAAUACCAAUGCCAGUCUGCCUCAACUACGAGAUCAGUGUCUGCUGCACCCCCAACAAACCAGAGUGUCUUCCAACUCCAAGCACCACGAGCACCACAACUUCGACAUCUUCCCCCACAACAAGCAGUGUGACCUCUCCAAUAUCAACCACCACUCCAACGUCAACAACAGUGGAGACUACCAGCCCUACCAGCCCUACCAGCCCUACCAGCCCUACCAGCACCAGCACCACCACCACCACCACCACGCUGCCCCCCAGCAGCACCACCACUAGUGGCAGCACCUCACAGACAACCACAACUGCUCCUGUCUCAACAACACCCAUUUCAACUACUUCAAGCACAUCCACGCCCACACCAACAUACACCACCACCACAUCAACUCAAGCCCCAACUCCACCCACACCAAGCACACCAAAAUCGACAACCACUUCCACAUCACCGGAGACUCCCAUCACCACCACCAGCCCUCCAAGCACAACAACAACAACAACAACAACAACGGUUAUUGGAUCAACCACCACCAUCUCAACUCCUGAAACCCCAACUCCACCCACACCAAGCACACCAAAAUCGACAACCACUUCCACGUCACCGGAGACUCCCAUCACCACCACCAGCCCUCCAAGCACAACAACAACAACAACAACAACGGUUAUUGGAUCAACCACCACCAUCUCAACUCCUGAAAGCACAACUCCAUCCACACCAAGCACAGUGUCCUCUACAACAGGGCCGCCAACCCGUCCCACCACCACUGCCAGCACCACGAUGCCCCCCAGCAGCACCACCAGCAUCAGCACCCCGAGCACAACAACUGUUACUAGUCUGCCAACACCCACCUCAACUGCUCCAAGCACAUCGACGCCCACACCAACAUACACCACCACCACACCAACUCCAGGCCCAACUUCAUCCACACUGAGCACACCAAAAUCGACAACCACUUCCACGUCACCGGAGACUCCCACCACCACCACCAGCCCUCCAAGCACAACGACAACAACAACCACUGUUACUGGAUCAACAACAACCAUGUCAACUCCUCAAACCCCACCUACGAAGACACCGAGCACACCAGAAACUCCCAUCAUCACUUCCAGCACCACGAUGCCCCCCAGCAGCACCACCAGCAUCAGCACCCCCAAGACAACAACAACAACUGUUACUGGCUCAUCAACAACAUUCUCAACUACUUCAAGCACAUCCCCACCCAUAUGGGAACAUACAACCACCGUAUCAACUCCAGUCACACCGAGCACAGCAUCCCCUACAUCGGAAUUGACAAGCACUUCCACAUCAGCAGAGACUCUCAGCAGCACCACGCCCACCACCACUACCAGCACCAGCACCAGCACCACCACCUCCAGAUCACCGACAACAACAACAACUACUACAACAACCAUCCGGACUCCUGCACCAUGUGAGUGCAUCUGGACAGACUGGAUCGAUGUGAGUUACCCAGAUGGUUCUGACAGGAAUGGUGGUGACUACGAAACCUUUGAGAACAUUUGGAAGAAAUACCCCUCCUGGGAGUGUGCGAAAGUUGAGAAUAUUUCAUGCCGAGCAGAGAAAUUCCCUAGCCAUUCCAUUGCAGAUUUAGGGCAGAAAGUGGAAUGCAACGUGAACGUAGGGCUCAUCUGUAACAAUAAGGAUCAGCAGAUAGGAGGUAUAAUACCAAUGCCAGUCUGCCUCAACUACGAGAUCAGUGUCUGCUGCACCCCCAACAAACCAGAGUGUCUUCCAACUCCAAGCACCACGAGCACCACAACUUCGACAUCUUCCCCCACAACAAGCAGUGUGACCUCUCCAAUAUCAACCACCACUCCAACGUCAACAACAGUGGAGACUACCAGCCCUACCAGCCCUACCAGCCCUACCAGCCCUACCAGCACCAGCACCACCACCACCACCACCACGCUGCCCCCCAGCAGCACCACCACUAGUGGCAGCACCUCACAGACAACCACAACUGCUCCUGUCUCAACAACACCCGUUUCAACUACUUCAAGCACAUCCACGCCCACACCAACAUACACCACCACCACAUCAACUCAAGCCCCAACUCCACCCACACCAAGCACACCAAAAUCGACAACUACUUCCACAUCACCAGAGACUCCCACCACCACCACCAGCCCUCCGAGCACAACAACCACUGUUACUGGUCCACCAACACCCACCUCGACUACUUCAAGCACGUCCUCUCCCACGCCAACGUACACCACCACCUUAUCAACUCCAGGCCCGACUCCAUCCACACUGAGCACGCCAAAAUCGACAACCACUUCUACGUCACCAGAGACUCCCACGACCACCACCAGCCCUCUGAGCACAACGACCACUGUUCCUGGAUCAACAACCACCAUCUCAACUCCUCAAAGCACAACUCCAUCCACACCGAGCACGCCAAAAUCGACAACCACUUCCACGUCACCAGAGACUCCCACCACCACCACCAGCCCUCCAAGCACAACAACAACAACAACCACUGUUACUGGAUCAACAACCACCAUGUCAACUCCUCAAACCCCAACUCCACCCACACCAAGCACACCAAAAUCGACAACCACUUCUACGUCACCAGAGACUCCCACGACCACCACCAGCCCUCCAAGCACAACAACCACUGUUACUGGACCACCAACACCCACCUCAACUACUUCAAGUGCAUCCUCACCAACACCAACAUACACCACCACCACACCAACUCCAGUCCCAACUUCAUCCACACCAAGCACACCAAAAUCAACGACUCCACUGACGGAGACUCCCACCUCCACCACCAGCCCUCCAAGCACAACAACCACUGUUACUGGACCACCAACGCCCACCUCAACUACUUCAAGUGCAUCCUCACCAACACCAACAUACACCACCACCACACCAACUCCAGGCCCGACUUCAUCCACACUGAGCACGCCAAAAUCGACAACCACUUCCACGUCACCGGAGACUCUCACCACCACCACCAGCCCUCCGAGCACCACAACCACUGUUCCAAUUACCCCCACAACUCCUGAAAAUAUUAACACCAUAACCCCGUCGGGUCCACCCACUGAAGCACAAAAGACACCUGAACCAGAGGUGCCGACAACAGCAAGCACUCCAGUUACUCCUUCAGUUACCCCACUGCCAACAACAAGAACGACAGAAAUAAGUACAGUGUCUACUGCAAGCACCACUAGUCAAAAGUCAACAUCACCAGUGUCAACAAGCCCAGUGACAACUACCACAUCUGAAGUCACUGAAACAACAUCAACCCCCAAGACCACCACUUCAGGCCCCACACCCUCAAGAUCCACCAGCACCACACCAGUAACAGAAACAACUAUCCAUGAGACCACCAGGAUCCCAACCCCUCCAAUAGGAUUCCCUACCCCCACUUCCACCCCUGGCACCACCACAACGUCGGGAACAAGCAGCAGUACAGGAACACAACCACCAGUAUCAACAACCCCAUUCACUGGAACAACAUCAACCCCCAAGACCACCACUUCAGGCCCCACACCCUCAAGAUCCACCAGCACCACACCAGUAACAGAAACAACUAUCCAUGAGACCACCACCACCAGGAUCCCAACCCCUCCAAUAGGAUUCCCUACCCCCACUUCCACCCCUAGCACCACCACAACGUCGGGACCAAGCAGCAGUACAGGAACACAACCACCAGUAUCAACAACCCCAUUCACUGGAACAUCAACCCCCAAGACCACCACUUCAGGCCCCACACCCUCAAGAUCCACCAGCACCACACCAGUAACAGAAACAACUAUCCAUGAGACCACCACCACCAGGAUCCCAACCCCUCCAAUAGGAUUCCCUACCCCCACUUCCACCCCUAGCACCACCACAACAUCGGGACCAAGCAGCAGUACAGGAACACAACCACCAGUAUCAACAACCCCAUUCACUGGAACAUCAACCCCCAAGACCACCACUUCAGGCCCCACACCCUCAGUGUCCACUCCCCCCACCACCACAGUAGGAACAGAAACAAGUACCCCAAUGACAACCUCUGCAACUGUUACUACUCCAACAACAUCACCUACAUCAACCAGCCCUGUGUCAACCACCACCUCUGGUACUACUCCAACAGAAAGCUUUACAACCACUUCAGGAACCACCUCUAGUAGUUUUAUCACAAUCAAUGCAACAACCAGCAUCUCCACGACCUUAAAAACUCUUCCCCCUGUCUCAACUACUACAUCUGGGCCUACUGCAACAUCAACUGCAGUCACCAUUACAGGAAGUUCUACACACAGCACAACUCCUCCAGUUAAUGGUUCAAGUUCAACUACAGGUCUAACACCGACCACUCCCAAAAAAACUUGUACUAUUUUCCCUAAUGAAUCUUAUGAGCAAGGUGACUCAUGGAUGCUGUGUAACUGCACUAAGGUUAUAUGUAUAGAAGACAACAUUGUCCAGGUGAUUCCAAUAAUCUGCAAUCCACCUCCAAAACCCACCUGUGCCAAUGGACUGUCUCCUGUGCCAGUCAUGGAUGAGGAUGGAUGCUGUUGGCACUGGGAGUGUGAUUGCUACUGCACUGGCUGGGGAGAUCCACAUUACAUGACUUUUGAUGGACUGUACUACAGCUAUCAAGGGAAUUGUACAUAUGUCCUUGUGGAAGAGAUCAAUAAGAAAGUUGACAACUUUGGUGUCUACAUUGAUAACUACCACUGUGAUGCACGGGAUGUAGUGUCCUGUCCUCGAACGCUCGUUGUGAGACAUGAGACUCAGGAAGUGAGGCUAAGAACAGCACAGCCAAAUACUCUACAAGUAGAGGUGACAGUAAACAACCAGCUUGUGGCUUUGCCUUACAAGAAGUUUGGUGUGAGCAUCUACGAGUCAGGCAUAAAUCGUGUUGUGGAAAUUCCUGAGCUGAAAAUGAAUGUGACUUACAAUGGCUUGUCCUUUUCUAUCAGAAUGCCCUACAGCCUGUUUGGCAACAAUACCCAGGGACAGUGUGGUACUUGCAAUAACAACACAGCAGAUGACUGCAUGCUGCCAAAUGGAAACAUUGCAGAAAACUGUGAAACCAUGGCAGAUCAUUGGCAAGUUGUUGAUCCUUCCAAACCACAGUGCUCUCCAGGCCUAGUUCCUACAAGUUCACCUAGCACAACACCAACACAGCCUUGCAAAGAAUCUUCCAUCUGCGAGCUUCUUUUGGGAAGUGUGUUCAAGCCAUGCCAUGCAUUUGUCCAGCCUGAGAAGUACUAUGCAGCCUGUGUUUUUGAUAGCUGUGUACUACCCAACCUAGACCUGGAAUGCUCAAGUCUGCAGAUCUAUGCUGCCACGUGUGCUGAUCAAGGCGCAUGCAUUGACUGGAGAAAACACACCAAUGGAGUAUGCUCUCAUGAAUGUCCUUCAGGUAAAGAAUACAGAGCAUGUGGUCCUAUUAAAGAGAUGACCUGCAAAUCAAGAGGACAGAAUGAGACAUCAACUAAACAAGUGGAAGGCUGUUUCUGUCCUAAUGGAACCAUGCUGUAUGACUCUGGUGUGGACGUCUGCGUGAAAACCUGCGGCUGUGUUGGAGUGGAUAUGAUACCAAGAGAGUUUGGAGAAAAGUUUACAGUGGACUGUCAGGACUGUAUUUGCCUGGAAGGUGAACAUGGCAUUGUAUGUGAGCCUCAUGUAUGUGAUCAAAAGAAGGUCACUUGUGAUGGAGAAGGCUUCUAUGAGGUCACUGAAGUCAAUCCUAAAGACUCCUGCUGCCCUCUUUUCACUUGCAAAUGCAAUACAAGCUUGUGCACAGCUAAAGCCCCCAAGUGCUCACUGGGAUUUGAAGUUCAUUCUUAUAUUCCCAGUGGUCAGUGCUGUCCUGUAUACCAAUGUGUUCCCAAGGGGGUUUGCGUACACGAGAAUGCUGAGUUCUUGCCCAACUCCUCAGUCUUUGUUGACAAGUGUCAGAAUUGCGUCUGCACAAAUGAUGUUAACGUCAGCACUCAGCUGAAUAUCAUCUCCUGUGAACAUGUCCCCUGCAACACAUACUGUCAACCAGGAUAUGAACUUAAACCAGUGAAAGGUGAAUGCUGUGGAAAAUGUGUGCAGACCAAGUGUAUUAUACACACAGCAGACAAUUCUGAACUCAUCUUGAGUCCUGGAGACUUUAAAAAUGAUCCUCACAACAACUGCACCAUUUAUAGCUGUGUAGAUAUCCACGACCAGCUUAUUGCUUCCACAUCUGAGAUUACCUGUCCAGCAUUCAAUGAGGACAGCUGCAAACCUGGAACUAUUUCGUUCUUGCCCAAUGGUUGUUGCAAAACAUGUGCCCCUCUGGACAGCAACACACCGUGCACUGUGCGCCACAGAAAAGACUUUAUCGUCUACAAAGGUUGCCGCUCCGUGGACAGAGUUGACAUGACUGAAUGUGAAGGAACAUGUGGAACCUUCUCACUAUACUCUGCUGAGGCCAAUUCUAUGGACCACAGCUGCUCCUGCUGCAGAGAAACAAGCACCACUGAGAAGCAAGUGGUUCUGAAAUGCCCUGGUGGGCAUGCAGUGUCACACAAGUACAUCUACGUGGAGAGCUGCAGCUGUCAAGAUACUGAAUGCAAGAGGCCCAAGUCCGAGGAGCUGCAGAACAAUGAAGAAAAUGACGCGACGACCACUCUGAACCCGCUCAAGAGAGCCAUCAGCUUAACAUCAAAAUGAAGGCAAAACCCCCCCUGCCAUUAUUAACUAAAAGGACUGUGAACCAUUCUUAGCUUCCUUGACUACUUUUGCAGUUUACUUUUCCCAGUAACUGCAUCCUGUUUGUUCUCUAAUUAAUUAACUAUGUCCUAUUUAUUUGUGCACAAAAUAAGAACACAAAUUUGUAUUCUUACAAGUGCACAACCUCUUGAGUACUUUCUUAUUUUUCUCUGAAUGAUUAAAAGCACAUCUCAAAAAGCA